UUUUACAAUUUGUUUUUAGGGUUUGCUCGCGGAAAAAAAAAAUUUAAUCGGCGUCUCGCUCUCUUGGGCACGAAGGAAAUGGAUUCCGGCAACCCAAAUGGAAAAGGGGCAAGGGAAGAGUUACCCCCUCCUCCACCUGUUCCUGCAGAUGUAGUCCCUGCUAAGGUGGAACUCGAGCCUGCAGUGAAGAAGAAACUCCGUCUCCCGAUGGCUAGGCGUGGCCUCGGGACCAAGGGCCAGAAGAUUUCAUUGCUCACAAACCACUUCAAAGUCAAUUACACGAAUUCGAAUGGCCAUUUCUUCCAUUACAGUGUUGCUCUAAUGUAUGAAGAUGGCCAUCCGGUGGAAGCUAAGGGAGUGGGCAGGAAGGUUCUUGAAAAAGUCCAGGAAACUUACCAAAGUGAUUUGGGCUUCAAGGACUUUGCUUAUGAUGGUGAGAAGACUUUGUUCACCAUUGGUGCCCUCCCUCGCAACAAACUCGACUUUUCUGUUGUUCUUGAAGACAUUUCGUCAAGCAGAAACACUGGGAAUGCUAGCCCUAGUGAUACAAACGAUGCUGAUAGAAAAAGAUUAAGGCGGCCAUACAACUCGAAGAAAUUCAAGGUUGAGAUCAGCUUUGCUACAAAAAUUCCCAUGCAGGCUAUUGCAAGUGCUCUUAAAGGACAGGAGACAGAGAAUCUGCAAGAAGCUUUGAGGGUCCUGGAUAUCAUAUUGCGUCAACACGCUGCAAAACAAGGUUGUCUCCUUGUUCGCCAAUCCUUCUUCCACAAUGAUGUAAAGAACUUUGAAAAACUUGGUGGAGGCAUCAUUGGCUGCAGAGGCUUCCAUUCUAGCUUUAGGACUACCCAGAGUGGCUUGUCCCUGAAUAUCGACGUGUCAACUACAAUGAUAGUUCAACCUGGUCCAGUCGUUGAUUUUGUGCUGGAAAACCAGGGUGCGAGAGAUCCAUUUUCAAUUGACUGGAAAAAGGCUGCACGAACUCUCAAGAAUCUGAGAGUUAAGGUCAUGCCCUCACAACAAGAAUACAAAAUAACUGGGCUAAGUGAGCAAAGCUGCAAAAGACAAAUGUUUACUCUAAAGAGGAAGAAUGUGAAAAAUGAAAGUGGCGAAGCUGAGGAGGUCGAAAUGUCUGUGUAUGACUACUUUGUUAAUGUCCGUCAGAUGGACUUGAGGUAUUCGGCAGAUUUACCUUGCGUCAAUGUUGGUAAACCCAAACGUCCGACUUUCAUGCCCAUGGAGCUCUGUUCACUAGUUUCUCUACAACGGUACACAAAAGCCCUUACCAGUUUUCAAAGGUCUUCCCUAGUGGAGAGAUCCAGGCAGAAACCACAGGAACGGAUGAAUGUCUUAUCCCAUGCUCUGAAGACCAGCAACUACAAUGCUGAGCCAUUGCUGCAUGCAAGUGGCAUUAAUAUUAGCUCUAACUUUACCCAAGUGGAGGGCCGUGUUCUACCAACUCCCAAGCUGAAAGCGGGCAAUGGUGAAGACUUCAUUCCUCGAAAUGGACGUUGGAACUUUAAUAACAAGAAACUUGUUGAGCCAACUAAGAUUGAAAAAUGGGCUGUUGUCAACUUCUCAGCGCGAUGUGAUAUGCAAUCACUCGUCCGUGAUUUGAUAAGAUGUGGACAGAUGAAAGGAAUUCAAAUAAGUCCGCCAUUUGAUACUUUUGAAGAAAAUCAUCAGAUGAGACGUGCACCUGCUGCAGUCAGAGUGGAGAAGAUGUUUGAACAGAUACAAUCAAAACUCCCUGGGGCUCCACAGUUCCUUCUUUGCAUACUAGCAGAAAGGAAGAACUCCGAUAUUUAUGGUCCUUGGAAGAAGAAAAAUCUUACUGAUUUUGGAAUCGUGACUCAGUGUAUUGUUCCCUUAAAACCAAAUGACCAGUAUCUUACGAACGUUCUCCUGAAGAUAAAUGCAAAGCUCGGCGGUCUGAAUUCUGUGUUAGCUGUUGAGCGCACGCCAGCAAUGCCUGCAGCUACUAAGGUUCCUACUCUCAUUCUCGGGAUGGAUGUCUCCCAUGGCUCUCCAGGGCAAUCAGAUAUACCAUCCAUUGCUGCGGUUGUGGGUUCUAGGCAAUGGCCGUCUAUCUCAAAAUACAGGGCUUGUGUGCGUACACAGUCGAGUAAAGUUGAAAUGAUCGAUAAUCUGUUCAAACGUGUGUCUGAAAAGGAAGACGACGGGAUCAUCAGGGAGCUCUUAAUCGACUUUUAUUCGAGUUCUGGAAAGAGAAAACCCGAGCACAUUAUAAUUUUCAGGGACGGUGUGAGUGAAUCUCAGUUCAACCAAGUUCUGAACAUUGAACUUGACCAGAUUAUGCAGGCAUGCAAGUUUCUUGACGAAUCUUGGAACCCCAAGUUUAUGGUCAUAGUUGCCCAGAAGAACCACCACACCAAAUUCUUCCAGCCUAACGCUCCCGAGAACGUUCCUCCCGGAACAAUCAUCGACAGCAAGAUCUGUCACCCACGAAACUACGAUUUCUACCUCUGUGCACAUGCUGGAAUGAUCGGGACGACACGACCGACUCACUACCAUGUCCUGUACGACGAAAUCGGGCUUUCCACUGAUGAACUGCAAGAACUUGUCCACGCUCUAUCCUAUGUCUACCAGCGGAGCACGACCGCCAUCUCUAUAGUUGCGCCAGUUAGCUACGCUCAUUUGGCGGCGGCACAGAUGGGGCAACUGAUGAAAUUUGAGGACACAUCGGAAAGCUCCUCGAGCCAUGGAGGCGGAGGAGUGACCACUGUCGGAGCAGUUCCUGUCCCUCAGUUGCCGAAGCUCAAAGACAAUGUCGCCAGCUCCAUGUUUUUCUGCUGAAGAAAUCCUCCAUCAGCUUUAUUUCUACUAGGGGUUUUUUUUUUGGUUGGAUUGAACAUCAUCGGCGUUUUAGGGUUUUUUGCGGGUUGGAUGAAAGAUCUGAUUUUGGCUCGACCCUCGUAAAUGUUUAGUCGUUUAAUUUUUAUUUUUUUUUUGGUUGGGCAUUUGUCUGAAUAGUUUGAAUCAGAUGGAUUUCAAUGCAAAAUGUCCCACGUUUAGAUUAAUA